UCCGAGGGUCGCAAGGAUCGUCGGAAGUCUGGUUUAAAGGUUCUGCCUCUGUGACAUGCGGACCUGGAACUUGAUUUUGGGGAGUAAACCGCUGGACAUCAUGUUGGCGAGAAGCUGCAUUGUGUUGAUUCUGCUGAUUGACAUUGCCGCAGCUGCAGUGUUUGUGAAGAAGCAGGAGGCGGAUGCGGUGCUGAGCCGGUGGAGGCGAGCAAACUCGGGAUUCUUGGAAGAGCUCAAGCAGGGCAAUCUGGAAAGGGAAUGCCGCGAGGAGAUCUGCGACCACGAGGAGGCCAGAGAAGUGUUUGAGGACGACGCCCUGACGAAGCAAUUCUGGGAUACGUAUCAACGUCGGGACCCCUGCCGCAUCAACCCGUGUCUUAACAACGGUGUGUGUGUCACCGUCGGGAGCGGCUUCCAGUGUCAAUGCUCCGAAGGCUUUGAAGGACGCUUUUGUCAGACGGUGUUUGAAGACUCGCUCAAGUGUAAUUUCCACAAUGGCCAGUGUGAGCACUUCUGUGAUGGCUCAGGGAAACGCCGCAAAUGCUCCUGCGCUGAUGGCUACAUCCUGGGCGAAGACGGGCGACAGUGCAUCGCUCAAGUGGAGUUUCCAUGUGGUCAACUCGCUCCGAAUAAUCAGAGCACGAUGCAGCAGACGAGGCUUGUGGGAUCCACUCAUUGUGCCCAAGGAGAGUGUCCCUGGCAGGUUCUGAUUCAGUUGAACGGAGCCACUCAUUGUGGGGGCGCUCUUAUUGGGCAUGACCGAGUUCUGACUGCAGCUCACUGUGUCCACGGAAUCAACCCUGGCAAACUUACCAUUGUGGCAGGGGAAUACAACCUGGACGCUGACGAUGGCAUGGAACAAAGAAUCCCCGUUUCAACGGUGAUCGUUCAUGAGGACUACAAACCAGUGACGGGCCACAGCGACAUUGCGCUUCUGCAUCUGAGUAGAGGCGUGUCCCUAAAUAGUCACGUACUACCCAUCUGCUUGCCCACCAAAGAAUUGGCAGAGCGUGAGCUGCUGCUACUGCGCUACCACACAGUGUCUGGCUGGGGCAAGAGGAUCAGUGGAGGAAAUGAUGACGGCACCGUGUCUGCGGGUGUUCCAAUUUCCCCGAUCCUCCGUAAAAUGUCCGUGCCCAUCAUCCAGAAUUCCCUCUGCUCCGCGAGAGGCCAGUAUAACUUCACCGACAAUAUGCUGUGUGCCGGCUACCUGGAAGGUCAGCAAGAGAGCUGCCGUGGAGACGACGGGAGUCCAUUGACCACUCUCUACGGUUCCACCCACUUCCUUUCAGGAGUGGUGGCUUGGGGGCGAGGCUGCUCAGUCCGAGGCUACUUUGGCGUUUACACCAAUGUGGCCAAAUUUGUUGACUGGGUGAAUUCCGAGAACCUGCCCUUAACCACGGUGUCACCUGGCAUGCUGCAACAGAAAGUAGCUGAACACUGAAAAACGAAAAUAUUCGAAGAUUUGCCAGUGAAUGUUGUCACUCAUGCAAACUUUCAUGUCUGAAAUAAAAACAAACAUCCAUUUA